AAUCCCACUGUAUUGGGAAAUAUAUUCAACUGAUAUACGUAUUUAUUAAGUAGAUAUUUUGUUCGAUGAUAUCACCAAUGAUAUAUGGACUUCGAGAAGAACAUUGAGAACACAAGAAGGAUCUCAUUCAUGCCAAACGAAACGCGUUUGAACAUAACCAAUUCAUUUAAUUAGAAAAGAAAAAUUCAAUGGAUAAUGCCUUUUGGAAUAAUCAUAUGACAACAGCAUCGUCGUCAUAUUCAAGCAGCAGUAGAUCUACUUCACCCAAGGGUAUAUUUGACCAUAAAACACAACCCACCAGUCUCGUGCCACAAGGAGGAUUCGCAUACCAGGAUCAAGAGGCGAGCCAGUACCAAUCAUUGCCCGCAACUCAAACUCAUACAAAGAACACCCAAUAUACAACCUUCUCUGCCCCACGUACGGGGUCUAAGCAAACAGGUGUAUUUGUUCCGCUUAAGCAAAUCAGAAGGGCUGUGUACGACAUCAACACACUAGCGGUGCAGCCUACGGAAGACCCUCAAAAUCACUCACGGGAACAUCAAGUAGCAAAUGGUAUUGCCAGUCCAAACACUCAGAAACGAAAUCAAACCCUUGCAUCGACUGCAACGGCAAUUGGUACAGCUAAGCCGGCAUCAAGUUCUUCUUCAAGUGCUAUAGUGAACUCCAGCAAGCGUCCAAAAUAUCCAAAGUACAUGACAACGGCUUCGCGACUGGACAGUUUUAAAGAUUGUCAAAGCGUUUCUGUUUCUACACGACUCUUAUCUGAAGCAGGAUUCUUUUAUGCGGGGUCUGAGGAUUGUACACGUUGUUUUGAUUGUGGUUUAGGAUUGCGAAAUUGGUCAAAGAACGACGAUCCGUGGACUGAACAUGCUCGGGCUUCGCUUGAUUGUGAUCACGUGGUUUCAAUGAAAGGGCGAGAAUUCGUGAACCUGGUUAAACUUGCACUGGAACUGACAACCGAGAAGAAAACAGGAGUGUUGAACACAGCUGAUGUCUCUGAGGAGUCAUCUUCACCAAACGCUAAGCAAGAUUCAUCUGACGAAAUUAACAAAUUGAUGAAAACAGAAGCAGCUCAAAGUGUAUUGCAAAAUGGUUAUAGUGAAGAUUUGGUUAAAAAGGCGAUUGUAAAAGUCCUGAGAUCCAAAGGAGCAAACGAACUCACUGGUAUGAACCUAAUGCAGGAAAUAAUGACAAUGGAAGAAGAGGAAGACAUUAUUGACGGGAAGACUUCGGAAGAUGUUCUUCCUGCCAAGAGACAAACUAAGGCGGCAGUACUUUCCCACGAAAACCAACACCUGCGGGACAAGGCUCUUUGUUCCUAUUAGGAUGUAGUAGCUGGCGCGGCCAGGGUCAGCCUUGAUACAAGAAGCCUGGUUGGAGGAGGGAGUUGCGUGUUUACUGCCUGAGGGAUCAAGCCAUUUGGUUGAGCCUUUCUGCUUCCAAUGUUGAGGUAUGUCUACUAGAUCGAGAUUUGUUUGCAUAAUGACAGUAUUUAUGUAAUCUACGUUACAGCUUAUUUGUAAGAAUAAAAUAUUUGGGUCGGAAUAAAGUAUGUUUACAAAUAAAAUUGAAUAAGUUAAAUCAGAAUUUGACAUGACAUUCUUGUCUUAAUUGAGUACACACAAUUGAUACGAAAUGCAAACACACACUGAAGUCACAACAAUUAAAUACACUUUGGAAAAGCAACGUCGGAAAUCCUCACAUACACUUCAGCUGUCCUUACUACAAGACUUACAGGUUCGGUAUAACUCAGAUUUAGCCAUUCUUUACACACAAACAAUCAUAGAAUUAUAUUUAAUGAAUAUCGCGUUAACAACGUUUUCUAAAUUUGAAAAUAUAUUUCCAUUAAUGAGUACAUGUAUUGUCGAAGUUAAGCUGUUAAUUUAGAACGAUGAAAUGACUCCACAAAUUAUUGUAGCUUGCUACAGUGUGUAUCGAAACUCAAAGGUACCGCUAGUUUACGAAAAAUAAUAGAUAUGUGUUUAAAUCGUUUCAUACGUGUUUGUGAUGGAACUGGCAGCAGAGACGGAGCAAAGGUUUGGCAAAGGAGGAGAAAGAACGCGUGACGGUGGGGCAAUGCUCUGAGAAAGUGACAAGAAAAUCAUAUAUUAUAAAGGACUUCAGCCAAUUAUAUUUAACAUACCUACAAUACAAACGAGAUAUCAGAAAGCUAAAAACGCAAUGACCGCUCAAGGUGUCCAUCCAUAUGGUUUAUAUCCUUUAUUAUCUGUUGUCCUGUAUAUCAAAAUAGUUAUGCCAAUUGUUCGUUAUUGUAGCAAAGUGUGGAAUAAUAUUACAGCUAGUGACAUUACUACAAUAAAUCGACUCCAACACUUUAUUGUUAAGAAAAUCCAGGGAUUUCACUUUACAACCAGAUCUGAUAUGUGUGAGUUCAUGCUGGGACUUAACAAGUAAUUUUCGUCGGUUAUAAUCAGGAAGUUGUUGUUUUUACAUUUACUUUUAUGUCUUGACUCUAAAUGUACUAGUAAAAAAUUAAUAUAUUUUUAACACGAUACUUCAAGUACGUCCAAUAUGAGAAUGUUACUUAAGGCUUUAUACCUGACAUCUGUAAAAUUGUAUGUGCCUUUGCACUUCAUAACUUUAUUAAUUUUGCUUUAAUACACCCUGAACAAAUACCAUCAAGACACGAAUGGAAAACUACUGUGAACUGUCUCGUAUUUUCUAAAGGAACUUUGCUGGAGGCAGAUAGAACUAUGUCGGACGAAGAUUUUAGACUUUUCAAAGUGUUACAACCAAAUGUUUCCAAAACAACAGUGUAUUAUAUUUUUGACACGAACUAUGUCAAACACAUCCGAAUGUUAAUUGCUAAGAUCUUGUGCAAAAUACUACCGAACUGUCUUCAAUGAUGCUGCAACUGUGGUAAACACGUUAAUAACGUAGAAAUACACAGCGUAUAUGAAUGCAGUGUACAUAAACAUGAUAGGCGGUGUUUCAUCGCUGACGUCACGGAACUAGACGUCGACCUUGCCCAUGAACUAGCAAUAAUGAACGGAGAAACAUUAUUCUUUGCACUUCCUGGCGCAGAACUCAUAGUUCCUGACUACCAGCUGAUCCGCAAACAGUUCCUGAGGCGAUCGUAUAUGUUUAUAUAUAAGUGUCUGAAUGUUUAAGACAAAAAGCUAUGUUUUAAAACAUGUAAGAGACAUAAUGCCUUUUGCACUGUAAAAUUGUAUUCAUUGCCAAUGUGAAACGCUAAUCUGCCUAAUUUGUACAGUAUUGUCAUUAUUAAUUACUUUUUGUAUAUAAUAUGAAUAUCUCCACGAAUGAUGGAAAUAAAGAUGAGUUGAGUUGAGUUGAGUUGAGUUGAGAUCCUAAUUUAAAUGUCUUGAUUGGUUUAUUUAAAUUAUUGUAUAAAUAUUGACCAAUCAAAUAACAUUUUGGCUAACUUUGACCAAACAAAACAAAUACCAGUGUUAUACAAAUGGCUGCUGCAUACAAUUUGUAAAUACUUAUUAUUAUUUACUUAUUAUCAUUUCUAUUUCAAUUUAUUAUUUCCUUUAAAAUUAUAUAUAUGAGCAUUGGGUUCAAUUUAGUGCACGUGUGUGUGGUACGAUUGAUUAAAUUGAAUAUUUCAUGUUAUAAUAAAAAUGCAGUAAAAUGUUUCUCUCUUCGUUUCAAUUAAAUCAAUACUGUUUACCAUCGUAUGCAUUCCUUUGUUUGAUUAACAUUGUAAUGUCUUGUGAGCAAACUUUAAAUGUAUUUGCAAUAUUUAGAGUUGGGGGUCACGCACAAUUUUAUCAAACUUCGACCAUUGUUCCUAGCUGUCUUUAUCA